CCUCUCCUUUCCUUUUCUUUUCUCUCCUCAUCACACAUCCCUUGCUUUCAAAAUGGCUUUCGGAAAGCUCUACGGUCUCCCUGAGAACGGUCGUACCAUCUCCGUCCUGGUCGCUGCCAAGCACAACGACCUCGACUUGGAGUUGGUCAAGACCCAGCCCAACUCUGCUGUUAACACCAGCGCUGAGUACCUCAAGAUCCAGCCCCUCGGCAAGAUCCCCGCCUUCGAGGGUGCCAAUGGCUUCACUCUGUCCGAGGUUAUCGCCAUUGCCAUCUACGUGACCUCCCAGAACGAGAAGACCACUCUCCUCGGCAAGACCAAGCAGGACUAUGCUUCCAUCGUCCGCUGGAUGUCCUUUGCCAACGGCGAGCUCCUCCCCAAGGUCGGCUCCUGGUACCGCCCCCUCCUCGGCCUCGACGGCUACAACAAGAAGACCGUCGAUGAGGCUGCCAAGGCUGCCCAGAAGACCAUUGCCGUCCUCGAGCAGCACCUCACUGCCAACACCUACCUGGUCGGCGAGCGCAUCACCCUGGCUGAUCUCUUCACUGCCUCCCUCUUGACCCGUGCCUUCGCCACCGUUCUGGACAAGAAGUUCCGUGACGCCAACCCCGCCGUUACCCGCUGGUACAACACCAUCAUCAACCAGGCCGCUUUCAAGGCUGUUGUCCCCUCCCCCGUCUUCGCUGAGGAGAUCAUCAAGUACACUCCCCCCAAGAAGGAGGAGAAGCCCAAGCCCGCUGCUGCCUCCGCUGCGCAGGCUGAGGAGGAGCCUGCUCCCGCCCCCAAGCCCAAGCACCCCCUCGAGGCCCUUGGCAAGCCCACCCUCAUCCUCGAUGAGUGGAAGCGCCAGUACUCCAACGAGGACACCCGUCCCGUUGCCCUCCCCUGGUUCUGGCAGAACUACAAGCCCGAGGAGUACUCCCUCUGGAAGGUUGACUACAAGUACAACGAGGAGCUCAAGCUCACCUUCAUGGCCAACAACCUGAUCGGUGGCUUCCACGCCCGUCUUGAGGCUUCCCGCAAGUACCUUUUCGGUGCCCAGGCUGUCUACGGUGCCAACUACGCCUGUGUCAUCAAGGGUGUCUUCAUGGUCCGCGGCCAGGAGGCUCUCCCCGCCUUCGAUGUCGCCCCCGACUACGAGUCCUACGACUUCACCAAGCUCGACCACACCUCCGAGGCUGAUCGCAAGUACAUCGAGGACCUGUGGGCCUGGGACGUCCCCGUCACUGUUGACGGCAAGACCCUCGAGUUCGCUGACGGCCACGUCUUCAAAUAAGCGUGUGCGCCAAGCACUCCCCAUUCUCCUUUCUCAAUGAAUACCCCCUGGAGAGCGAUAUUUGAUCAUUUUAUGACCCUCGUGUCCCGCUCAUCCUUUCCUCUUUUCUUCGUACUACCCGUGCCUUGAUGUCGCGGCCGGGAGUCAAAAUGCCCCCCUUAUUUUUUUUACGUGACGAUGUGGUUCAUGUCCAUGGUUAUGAUAUGUUGUGAUGCGAGAUGAGAUGAACGACUUGCGUAGUCUGGGUUGCCAUUGUGCACUCGGAUACGUGGUCGCCGCUAGGUUACUACGUCUAGCUAUCAAUGAAUGAAUUGGGACUUGAUUGUCUCGAUGAAUUUAUUCGUGAAUA